CAGAACAUCUGUUCUGAAUUGCCUGAGAUUAAACUCAGCAUCUCUUUCGGCACAGCUAGCGAGCCCUGCCGCCCCCUUUGUGAGAUUCAUUAAUCGCCCGCCCACACACCCCGGACCAGAUUCGACGAGGCUUCGGCAGGCAAGCCACACACACACACACAAGCAGCUUCUGAAUAUAGAAGCUGCAGUCGGGCCAGCCCACGUUCGGCUUCGUGCACUCACGAGCAAAUGUCAGAGGGUGGCAGUGGGGCGAGCAAUGGCAGCAGCGGGGGUGCGGCUGCUCCUGCGUCUGCACCUGGCUCGAGCCGGCCCAGGGUGCAGCAGCUGAGACCGACGAACAAGGAUGCAUCCAAUGUGCCACGCGUCGUCCUCGACGGCGGCCGUCAGGCGGUUGCGCGGGGCCCAGGGCAAGGAGGCAGCAACGGAGCAGCUGCAGCAGCAGGAGCACCAGCAAGUGCGGCAGGAGGACCACCGGGACAGAGACCGCAAGUGGUGCCGCGGAUCGUCACUGGCCAGGGCUCGGGCUCCUCGAUCCUCGUCAACUCCUGCCAGAGGGGCAACCCCGUCCUCCAAGGCAUCAAGAAUGUCGGCUGGGAGUAUGCCGACAUCGUCCCCGACUACCAGGUCGGCGUCUCGAGCUGCGCGCUCUUUCUCAGCCUUCGAUACCACCGCCUUCACCCCGAAUACGUCCACACGCGCAUACAGAAGCUCGCCAACAUGUUCACCCUCCGCCUGCUCCUCGUCCUCUGUGACGUGGACCAGCACCAGGCGGCGCUCAAGGAGCUGACCAAAGUCGCCCUCGUCAACAAUCUCACCCUCAUCGUCGCCUGGUCCAGCGCCGAGGCCGGCCGGUACCUCGAGACGUACAAGGCCCUCGAGCACCGGCCGCCAGACCUGAUCCGGCAGCGCGUCGCAAACGACUACCUCUCGCACCUCUCGAGCGCCCUGACGAGCGUGCGCGGCGUCAACAAGACCGACGUCGUCACGCUCGCCUCCAACUUUGGCUCCCUGAAGCGCAUCGCCCGCGCAGACGCAGAGGAGCUCGCCAUGUGCAACGGCUUUGGGCCCACGAAAGUCCGCCGGCUCACCGAUGCGUUCCACCAGCCCUUUCGGAUCGGCGAGACGAGGUCCUGGAAGGAGCGUCGGGGCACGCUCGCGCGCAGCAAGGGCUUCUUUGGCAAUCCCGACGAGGUUGCUUCCACCACCACCACCUCGAGGAACAGGGACAGGGCAGGCGUGGCAGCAGAGGUCGGCGCCAUGGGCCCCAGCGAGGACACGGCAGCAGAGGCAGGCGUACCGACUGAAAGUGCAGAGACACGCGGCGACGAAGAAGACGCACGCGACGACUUUGAUGUGCUGGAGAACAUGACGGAGGAGGAGCAACUUCAGCUGGCCCUCGAAAUGUCAAGGAGCAACGGGCUCGACGAUGACGAUCUCGACGGUGAAUGACCAUCAUCACCAUCAUCACAUAGCUGUAUUAUAGACAAAGACCAAGUGCGAGAUCCUGCUCAUUCCAGAAGCGAGGGUGGGUAUGUACAGUACAAUUUAGCAAUCUAAAAUACGAUGCGCU